AGGAGGGCCGGAGGGGGGUCCAAGGAAGGAAGGAAGGAGGGCCGGAGGCCGGGACAAAGGAGGGCUCCGGCAUGGGCUCCCGGGGGGUCCCACUGCAUGGGGGGACCCCUCUCCUCCUCCUCCUCCUCCUCCUCCUCUUCCUCUGGCCGGGAUCCCUUGUCCUGGGCAGCAGCAGGAGAGGAGUGGACGCCGAGGCCUGGCUGCGCUUCUACGGCUACCUCCCCCCGUCCAGCCCGCAGAUGUCCACUCUGCGCUCGGCCCAGACCCUCUCGGCCGCCAUCUCCGAAAUGCAGAGUUUUUACGGCAUCCCCGUGACUGGCGUCUUGGACGAUGAGACUGCCACGUGGAUGAAACGGCCUCGUUGUGGCGUCCCGGACAAGAUCGGCAGCGGAGUCAAGGCCAACAUGCGGCGGAAGCGGUACGCGCUGACCGGGCGGAGGUGGACACAGAGCCAGCUGACCUUCAGCAUCCAGAACCACACGGAGAAGCUGGGCCGCUCCGCAUCACAGGAGGCCGUCCGGCGGGCCUUCCGCGUGUGGGAGGAGGCCACGCCACUGUCCUUCCGGGAAGUGCCCUUUAUGGGGACGGGGCUCCCACGCCGGGCGAUGCCAGAGGCCGACCUGGUGGUGCUCUUUGCCUCCGGCUUCCACGGUGACAGCUCCCCCUUCGACGGGGCGGGGGGCUUCCUGGCCCACGCCUUCUUCCCAGGGCCUGGCAUGGGGGGCGACGCCCACUUCGACCUGGACGAGCCCUGGACCCUCGAGAACAUCGAUGGCGCAGGGAACAACCUCUUCCUGGUGGCAGUGCAUGAACUGGGCCAUUCCCUGGGUCUAGAGCACUCCAGCGACCCCAGCGCCAUCAUGGCCCCCUUCUACCAGUGGAUGGACACCCAGGCGUUCCGGCUGCCGGACGACGACCUCCGGGGCAUCCAGCAACUCUACGGGGUCCCAGGGGGGCAGCCCCACCCCACGAAGGCGCUACCCACGGCAGGGGUCCCAGGCCAGCCCGCCCCCCGGCCCCCACCUCGCCCUCCCCCCGGGCGGCCCGACCGACCCCCAAAGCCGGGCAAUCCUGACCAAUCCGAGCCCAACAUCUGCGACGGAGACUUCGACACGGUGACCGUCCUGCGAGGAGAGAUGUUCGUCUUCAAGGGCCGGUGGUUCUGGCGCGUCCGCCACAACCGGGUUCUGGACAACUACCCGAUGCCGGUGGGCUACUUCUGGAGGGGCCUCCCAGGGAACAUUGACGCCGCCUACGAGAGGCAGGACGGCCGCUUCGCAUUCUUCAAAGGGGACCAGUUCUGGCUCUUCCGCGAGGCCAACCUAGAACCGGGCUACCCGCAGCCCUUGUCCAGCUACGGAUCGGGCCUCCCGUACGACAGAGUGGACGCCGCUGUCUGGUGGGAGCCGACCGGGCACACCUUCUUCUUCCGCGGAGACAGGUACUGGCGCUUCAACGAGGAGACCUACGCGGCCGACACGGGCUACCCGAGGAAGAUUGGCGUGUGGGCAGGGGUCCCUCCCGCCCCAAAGGGGGUCUUCCUCAGCCCAGAUGCAACCUACACUUAUUUCUACAAGGGCCGGAUGUACUGGAAGUUCAACAACGAGCGGCUGAAGACGGAGCCCGGCUUCCCCAAGUCCAUCCUGCGCGACUUCAUGGGCUGCCGGCAGGACGAGGAAGACGAGGAGGAGGCGGUCGACCCCGGACGAAGGCGGCCCGACUUUGCCCGGCCACCUUUCAACCCGAACGGGCCGGAUCUGAACACGGACGGAGGAGGAGAGGAGGAAGAGCAAGUGGACGCUCGCCCCGGGGUCAAGGAGGAGGAGGAGGACAAAUUAGGAGGGGAUUACAACGAUGGCGUUGACACGGGCCGGCCGCGCGGCCCCAACGACGUAGACAUCGUGUUGCACAUCAACGACUAUCCUUGGAGCCUGAGCGCCGUCAUGGCGGCGGUGUUGCUGCUCCUGCUGCUCUGCGUCCUGGGCCUUGUUUACGCUAUGUUGCGGCUGCAGCGCAAGGGGCCGCCGCGCAUGCUCCUCUACUGCAAGCGCUCGCUGCAGGACUGGGUCUGAAUGGCUGGUCGAACGAGGAGGAGUAUGACUCCGGCCGACAACAAGCCUGGGCAAACUUGGACCCUUCCGGGUGUUUUGGACUGCAACUCCCACAAGUGGAAGUUGACCCGUGCCUACGUUAGAACCUGUUUCUGGGUCUCUUUGACCACUGAUUUGUCCCAAAAAUGGCCCCGGUUUCCCCUGAUGGGCUCUCGUUUUGGAGAAACAGAACCAUAUAUGCCAUAUCUCCCAGACAUUAGAGCUGAUGUGAUCUCUCCUGAAUCGGUGCCCCAAAGAAUCGCAAGAACUUGGCCUACAAACCAAGAUGUAGCUUUAUCUCAACCUACUUCUCAUCUUUCUCAAUUGCCUAUCUACGGCUUCUGCUGUGCUCUCUUUUGUCGAGCCAACUUGGGCCCUCCAGGUGUUUUGGACUUCAACUCCCACAAUUCCUAA